AUGCAAAGCAAUCGUGUUCCUGGCCUGUCUAUCGCUAUUGUCCGGGGUGACCAGGCCAAGUCCACAGGCUAUGGCUUCGCCUCGGUCAAGUCUCAAGAACCAUGCACUGCAGAUACGCUCUUCGACAUCGCAUCUUCCUCCAAAUCACUCACUGCCGCAGCAAUUGCCCUUUUAGUCGAAGAUGCCAAGUAUUCAGGAGUUCAAUAUGACUCACUAAUGUCUGAACUGCUGCCCGACGACUUUGUCAUGUCAGACGAAUUGCACACCAAGACCGUUACUGUAGAUGAUCUCUUGGGGCAUCACACUGGCAUGCCUGGACACGAUGAUUCAUACAUGGGAAUCCGUGCUACAGAGCCUGAUGAUGCGCGAUCAAUCACGCGAAAUUUGCGAAAUCUCGCUGUCACUGCGCCGCCGCGGACGCGCUACAUCUACUGCAACAUGAUGUACACUGUCUUGACGCAUCUCAUAGAAACCAAGAGCGGACAGCAGUUUGAUACAUUCCUACAAGAGCGCAUUUUCGACCGUCUUGGCAUGACAUCGAGCAGUCUACAGCCCAAAAGCGCCAGGGCUAGAGGUCACGACCAUCGACUCGCAAAAGGGCAUAUCUGGGACAAGAAGUCCGCAUCAUAUCGCGAGUUCGACGCGGUAGAUUGUCCAGAAGGCCAAGGCGCGGGGUCAGUGAUCUCCAGCGCCAACGAUUUCAUCAAGUUUCUCAGCGCCCUUAUCGAUCGCAACGAUCCCAUAACUGAGGAUGUAUACCAAGGAUUGACUCGGCCGCGAUCUGAACGAAGUGCCAACCAUCGUCAAAGAACGGUCGGCAUUGACCGCAUAUUCUACACAGCGGGCAUGGAUCUAUACUGGCAAGGCGAACAUGCAGUGCUUGGGCAUAGCGGCGAUAUCACAGGCUUUGGCAGUCGUUUUGUAUUUCUGCCAGAUCUCAAGUUUGGUGCUGUCGUGAUGGGCAACUCCUCGGGAACCAACUCGGUAGCUGCACAGCUGUUUCGUGAGUUUAUCACAGAAGUCGUCAACUCCGACAUGGCUCGACAGCAAUUGAAGGCGGUCGCUGGUAGAGAUGUGCCUAUGAAGCUGCCAGAGGUGCGCAUGCAUCCAAAGUCGGAUUCACAAGAUCACCCAACUGGAAUGGCCAAGGCGAAGGGUGUGAAGGGUAAGGACCAGAAAAGAGAUAGUCCUGAGGUAAAAGUCGUGUCACAAAGAACUAUGGCUCUCGGAGCUUAUACCGGCGACUAUUGGAAUCCUGGGUAUCACAACAUGCGAGUGGAGAUGAGAGAGAAUGAGUUGUUCAUCGAUGCGACAGACCGCUCAAUGGGAUUCACUGCCAGACUAAAGCACAGGCGAGAUCAGUCUCUGUACGAUGCGCAUGUUCGAGACGCUUUUGAUACGGGUGAUGAAGUUCUGAUGACCGAGUUCACAAUCGAGGACGACAAGGUCGUCAGGAUGGGCAUGGAUCUAGAACCGCUUAUUAGGGACUUGAUAUGGUUCGACAAAGUUGGGAAUAAGUGA